UCAUCUGGGGAGCAUUCUUUGCUAAAAACUUCAAUAUUAGUAUAAAUUUUUGGUAAAAAAUGUUGGCAUUUUAAUUGGAAAACAGAAGAUAAUAAAGAGACAAUGUGUCUGCACGUGUGUUGUGGUUUUUUGUCACUCUACAUCGGGUGCGUCGCUAUCGGGAUUUCGGGGAUGAUAUUUAGUAUCGUCCUCUUCGCUAUAGCCCUAUUCCACUUGGUCCUCCAAACGAAAAUAAGGCUCGCUCUUGUGGUGCUUUCGAUGGCCACCGCUUUGGUGCAUGGACUGAGCAUGGCGCUGUUACUCAUCGGCACCAUGCUGGAUGUCUGCUGGACCAUAUUUUUAUCCUUCGUGGUUGGGAUAUUCUCCACUGCGCUUAUAAUUGGAUCCCUGGCGGCACUCUUUUUCGAAACUGAGAAUCCUGUCCACCUGGUGGGUGGGGUUAUCUUGGCCUUAAUUCAGAUAUACUUCAUGUGGAUCAUUAUAUCCACUUGGUGGUGCUGUCGAUCGUGUCGCAACGACUGCUAGUUGUAAAAUGUAUAAAUAUAUAAAAUAAAUAUAUAAAUUAC